GCCGUCGCCAAGCUGGAGCGUCUGUCAACAUCAUCCUCUGAGGGGCGGUCCAAAAAAGUCAGCAUAAUAGGACCCCCAUUUCGCCGCUCCGCAAUGGAGAACAAGGAGACCACCAGCAUCAAACGGCCGGCGGACACCACGGAGGAGGAGGACGUGCGGAAAGGCAAGAAAAAGCGUGGCAAAGUCUGGAACCCCGAAGUGAAGAACUGGCCAAAGGUGGAGAAUGAGGAGGAGGAGGCUGGAAAUGAGACCAAGGAGGAGCCCAAGACAGAGAAGACAGAGAAGGAGGAGGAGACGGCUGAGGCAGAGCAGGACGACCCCACAGUGGGACUCGAGGGUUCAGCAUUCCAGAGUCGCAUGCCAGCCGACAAACUGACCACGCUGGAGGGCUCUCUCUUCUCGGACAUCGUUAAGAGCUCUCCGCACACUCACCGCCUCUUCCUCCACAUCAGGAACAGGAUAUUGCAGAUGUGGCUGGAGUCUCCCCUGCAGGAGCUGACCUACGAGGGGAUCAUGUCUGGUCUGGAGGCACCGUUCAACUCCGAGGGCGUCUUGUGUGCCCGCAUCCACGCCUACCUGGAGCGCCAUGGCUACAUUAACUUUGGCAUCUUCAAGCGGGUGAAGUCGCUGCCGCAGAAGAAGUACGGCAAUGUGAUAGUGAUCGGUGCCGGCAUUGCAGGACUGGCCGCUCAGCAACUUAACUCCUUUGGCUUUGAGGUCAUCGUGCUGGAGGCCAGGGACCGUGUAGGGGGAAGGAUUGCCACAUUCCGCAAGGGUCCAUACAUCGCUGACCUUGGAGCCAUGGUGGUGACGGGCCUCGGGGGGAACCCAGUCAAUGUGCUAUCCAAACAAAUCAACAUGGAACUGGUGCGCAUCAAGCAGAAAUGUCCGCUGUAUGAAUCCAAUGGUAACACGGUGCGGAAGGACAAGGACGAGAUGGUGGAGCGAGAGUUCAACCGUCUGCUGGAGGCCACAAGCUUCCUCUCCCACCAGCUGGACUUCAACUACAUUGACAACCGUCCCAUCAGCCUUGGCGAGGGACUGGAGUGGGUCAUCAACCUGCAGGAGAAGCAUGUCAAGGAGAAGCAGGUGACACACUGGAAGACUGUUGUUAAGCUGCAGGAGAAGCUCAAGACAGUUCUCAAUAAGCUGCUGACCAUGCACGAGAAGAUAGCCGUGCUGCACAAGGAACACGGCCAGCUCACUGAGAAGCGCAACUCGAGGAACAUCACCAAUGAGUUUGUGUACCGUGUCAAGCUGCGUGAACUCCAGAAUGCAUGCAAGGAGUGGGACCAACUGGUGGAGCAGCAGCGGGAGAUUGAGGACAAGCUGCAGGAGUUGGAGGCCUCGUCCCCCAGUGAUGUGUACCUCUCCUCCCGGGACCGCCAGAUCCUUGACUGGCACUUUGCUAACCUGGAGUUUGCCAACGCCACACCCCUGAGCAAUCUCUCCCUCAAGCACUGGGACCAAGAUGAUGACUUUGAGUUCUCCGGGAGUCAUCUUACAGUGAGGAAUGGUUACUCCUGUGUGCCAGUUGGCCUCAGUGAAGGUCUUGACAUUCGCCUUAACACAGCUGUUCGCAAGAUCACCUACACCAAUAAUGGGGCAGAAGUCACUGUGUCCAAUGCUCGCAACCACUCCAGCCCUGCCACCAUCAAGGCUGACGCAGUGUUGUGCACGCUGCCCCUUGGAGUCCUGAAGCAGUCCAUCGGCACCAACCCCAGCGCACCAAACACUGUCUCCUUCAACCCGCCACUGCCACAGUGGAAGGCGGACGCCAUCACCAGGCUUGGCUUUGGUAAUCUCAACAAGGUGGUGUUGUGUUUUGACCGGGUGUUUUGGGAUCCAAACUCCAACCUGUUUGGCCACGUUGGCUCCACCACAGUGAGCAGAGGGGAGCUGUUCCUGUUCUGGAAUCUGUACCGAGCACCUGUGUUACUGGCACUGGUGGCAGGGGAGGCAGCGGCCAUCAUGGAGAACGUGAGCGACGAUGUGAUAGUUGGCCGCUGCAUUGCUGUGCUGAAGGGCAUCUUUGGCAAUUCAGCUGUACCUCAGCCCAAGGAGACGGUGGUGACGCGGUGGAGGGCUGACCCCUGGUCCCGAGGCUCCUACUCCUUUGUCUCCACGGGGGCGUCAGGCAAUGACUAUGACAUCCUGGCGGCUCCCAUUGCUCCCCUCCAGCCUGGCCAGAGUGGCCAGACUCCUCCCAGCGCUUCAGACGCCACCCCUCCACCCCGCCCCAGACUUUUCUUUGGUGGAGAGCACACCAUCAGAAACUACCCUGCCACGGUUCAUGGAGCCUUCCUCAGUGGGCUGCGGGAGGCUGGCCGCAUUGCCGACCAGUUUCUAGGAUGUCCAUAUGCUGCCCCACCACCGCCACCCACUAAUGGUUCGGCUAGUGUCGAGACAUGAAGCAGCUCUGGUCACUCUGUCUCCAGGGAAAAGGAGGUCAGCACCAAGGCGAGUGGGUGAAGUGAUGUGGUGUUGUGGUGGUGGUGGCGCCUCUCAGGGCAGCACCAGUUGGCAGGGAGUGGGAGUCUCACCUUGUGUUGUGUGAUGUGAGCAGACAGCAUAGGUUUGAGAAAUACACUCAUUAGGAUUAGUUCAUAAUUUAUUCCAUCCUGUUUCACUAAUGUGCAGCAGGUCACAGUGGAACUUUGAUUUAUGAAACUAAAUAAUUAAGUGGAAGUUCUUGCUGUUCAUUGUCAGAGUUCAGAAUAAAUGUGUACAAAUAUU